AUGUCUUACUACGGAAACGGAGGCUACACCCCAUACGGAAAACCCGGUUUCGCUCCACCGCCAAUGCACGGAGCUCCUGGAUUUGCACCUCCACCAAUGCACGGAGCCCCCGGUUUUGCUCCGCCUACGGUCCAUGUCCAUAACAACGGUGGACAUCAUCAUCACCACCAUCAUGGACUUCUCCAUGGAAUCGGACACGCUUUCGGAGGCCACCAUCAUGGCCACCAUUUCGGACAUCAUAACCACCACCAUGGACAUCAUUAA